AUGAACAGUCGCUCACAACAUCUCCAGGGACAACAUCCUGACGGAGACGGAGACCGCGACAGAGACCAGCCGUUGCAAAACGACAGUUUCACGCCCACACAAACACAGACAGCAGUUGGCAGCAAGACGUCGUCGCCCACAAAGCGAGCCUUUGCGUCUUCUGGUCUGGACGAUAGCAACGACACGUCUGCACACAAAAAGGCCCGUCUGGCAUCACAAGUCGACGAAGGCGAAGACAGUGCGCUCUUUGAGAAGACCGUUGGAUCGUCUGAACGCAAGCGCAACUGCCGCUCCGACUCCUCACUCGACCAUCUGCGAGAAGAGGAGCAGACCACGGUCAGGGUCAAAAGAGCACCAAAAAGGACACGGUCUGUACCACCAGCAAUGGACCGAAAGGACGCCGACGGAUUUGCGAUUCCGCGGACGCCCCUGUCGCGGUCGCGCGCCAGCAGCGGCUCGUCGUUGCGUGGAAGACAGCCCGGAGCCGAAUUGGGCUCCGAGUACACGCGUGACUCGUCGUCGUCGCCGUCUGGGCGUACCGCCGUGGAGCACCAUACCUACCGCAGGGUGCUUGCUACCAACAACAUCCACAUGCGGCCCUACUGGGACCCUCUUCCUGAGCACGUGAACGCGCUCAUGGCACGGGUGAAGCUGGAACGUGACUCGCCGGAGCCGACCAACGAAGACCUGCUGCGAGACCCAGAUCGGUAUGAGAUGUUUGAAGGUACGGGGGAGGCGGCAGUGGAAAAGUACUACACAGACAAUGUCCUACCGAGCGGCCACGGGUACGACGCGGUUAAGACGUGUAUGCGUGUCCCUAUGAGCCGACAGGUGGUGCCCAAUGUGGGCGGGACCGCACCCAAGUUUUGUACUCCCGCACCGGACCUAUUGUACGGAUACGGCAGCGCGAACGCGUUCCCUGAUGCGGGCCACCAAAGCCAGCUAGAAACGAUGUCUGCGGAGGUGAUUGCCAACAACGACAUCAGCACCUACAAUGCUCUUAUCUUCCCGUUCUUUGUGGUGGAGUUCAAGGGCGUUGCGGGAAACAUGUGGGUGGCGGGCAACCAGUGUCUCGCCGGUGCGGCCACCUGUGUGAGCAUCGCCGAGAAACUCAACCGCCGGCUGUUUGAGUACGCCCAAGCCAAACUUGAUAAGGGCACGGGCAAAGGCAAGGGCAAGAGCAAGGGCACGGGCGGCAGCAGCAAGUCCGACGGCGUGACGGCCGUCGCCAGUGUCGACAGCACGGCAUUCAGCGUCGCCAUGAACGGACAGGACGCGCGCCUCUACGUGUCGUGGAAGCAGGACGAGCUCAACUUCUACAUGACCAACGUGGACUGCUACGCGCUGAGCCGCCCGGACGACUACAAGCGGUUCCGCCGCAUGGUGCGCAACAUUGUCGACUGGGGCCGCAGCGACCGGCUCAAGGCCAUCCAGCGCGGGCUCGACCAGCUGCUCGAGGAGGCCCAGCAGCGCACGCCGGCUCCAGAUACGGAGGCAGAGGCUGAGGCAGAGGCAGCAGCGAUGGAUCCGAUGGCCAUGUCGAUGCCAGAGCCGAUGCCUGAGUCGAUGCCUGAGUCGAUGCCUGAGUCGAUGCCUGAGCCGACGCCAGAGCCCACACCGAGCGCGGGUUCCUCCAAGGCGUCCCGUCACCACUCGCCUCCGUCGGGCAAGGGCAGCAGCAGCGGCGGCGGUCGGAGCAAGAAGCCUCGGGCCUGA